UUAAGAGUUGUGAUUUUCAUUUACUACACAUAUACAUACGUAUUAGAUGGUUAGUACGUACGAUUUGGUAAACUAGCUACUCGAGCCAAACCCAGCUGGACUUUUUAUGAGCACAAGCAGUCACAGUUGACUAAUAGUUGACUUAAGACUGGAAAAGAACUGGUUAUCUAUCUCUGCUGCUUCUGGGUUUGUGAAUAACUGGCCGGAUUUUUUUCUGGAGCUUGGAUUUGUACUCAGAAGAGGAAUAAGUUUCAUUGACCUCAAAAGUAAUAUGACUUUUUUACAUAAGCAGAUUCAUUAAAACUCUGAACAAGGGAAAGGAAGAUAUGGGACAUGGGCAAGUACAAAACUUGGCCAACCAUGUGAAUGAGCUAUGGGAUAUAUGGAAUCUUCGGGUUUGUCUCAUAUUGAGCCUAUACUUACAAGCUUUUUUAAUGUUGGUUGCUUCACUAAGGAAAAGAUUAAAGUCAAACUUCCUACACCUCUGGAUAUGGUCAGCCUACUUGCUAGCAGACUGGAUUGCUGCCUAUGCUCUUGGUCAAACCGUUCAAAGCCCAGGUGAUGACAUAUAUGAUCCAAAGAAAAGUGGAGACCUUUACAUAUUUUGGGCACAGUUUCUUCUGUUGCAUCUUGCAGGCCCUGAUAGUAUUACUUCUUUUUCACCUGGGGAUAGUGGAGUCUGGUUGAGGUCACUCUUUGGACUCCUUUGCCAAGUUGUGGCUACUAUCUAUGGCUUCUUUUUGCUUGCACUUGCCAGAAAGAAUAAGCUAUGGAUCCCUACAAUCCUAGUGUUCGUGGUUGGACUUAUCAAGUCAUAUGAGAGGGUAAAAGCUCUAGUUAAUGCAGGGUUUGAUCGUUUUGGAGAAACCCUCCUGCCAAAACCAGAUCCUGGACGUGACUAUGAAGAGGCUGUUUUGACAUACCGGUCAAUGAGAGGUGUCCAGGUUGAAAUGCAACCAGAUAAAAUCAUUAGGUCAGUUAACCAUUUCACUCAUGAUCUGAUAGAAGUUGAUCAUGAUGACAUAGAGCUACUUUGUGCUGCUCACUCUUUCUUUGAAGACUUCAAAGUACUCUUUACUAGCUCCUUUUUAAGCUUCCAAAGUAGAGAAACUAGCCGUGACUAUUUUCUUCAGUGUAGUCAUUCGGAUGCUUUUAGAUUGAUCGAGUAUGAACUCAGCUUUUUGCACGAUCUUAUGCACACCAAAAUGGUUGUGUUACACAACAUAUAUGGAUACAUUCGCCGGUGUGUUUGUUUCUCUUCUGUCUUGGCAGCAUCUAUAUUAUUUUUCCUAACUGAUAAGCAUGGAUACACUAAGUUUGAUGUCAACCUUACUCAUGCCUUGCUCCUUGGAACCAUUUCCUUUGAUGUCAUAUCUCUCAUUAAGCUCAUUUUUUCUGAAUGGUGCAUCAUUAGAAGUCCAUGGAUUAGACAUCUAAUUCCAGCAUGUAUUUUGAAAAGAAAACGAUGGUCAAGAUCAGCCUUUCAGUACAACAUGUUCAAGUAUUGCCUAUCUAAACAUCAGACUCGAGUUUUCUAUAGGUUUGCCAGCCACUUAUUCAACUCAGCAGGAUUUAUGGAAAAAUUGAGAGCAAUGUGGUAUUCUUCCUUUGAGACAGUCACUGAAGACUUGGAAAAUUUUAUUUUCAAGGAACUCAAGGAGAAAUCUUCAAAAUCAAAUGAUUUAAAGGCAGCAAAGGAAGCAUGUUGGCAAAGAGGCCUUUCGGCGCUUUUGAAGAAUAGUUGCUAUACGAAACUUGAAUGGAGUAUCAGAGAAUUCCAAUAUUUGGAGAGCCUUCUUCUCUGGCACUUGGCUACUGAGCUUUGCUAUCAUAAUCUUAAUAAGGACCAGCUUCUGUGAAGGGUUCCAAGAGCAAAUCUCUGUUGUUUGAUGCCUGCAUUCUCGCCAAAGAGCUUCAAAAUCUGAAGGAACAGUGGCAGGUAAUGGCUCGAGUGUGGAUAGAGUUGAUGUCUUAUGCUGCCAUUAGUAGAGGCGGGGAACUUUUGACUUUCACUUGGUUACUCAUGUAUCAUUUGGGUUUAGGAACACAAUUCUCCGAGCAGGUAUCACAUGGUUAAUGUUCCCAUAUAUGCACGUAAAGUGUGCAUAUUAGAUUAGGAGAAAGGGCACCAAAAAUUUGCUAGUUUUAACUACUGUUGUUAUUGUCUAUGAACUAGAAUCGUCUACUCUUUAUCAUAACUCCCUCUUAGCCAUAUUCUCUCACUAACUGGCUGCAAUACUUCUUAUUAAUUUUAGAGUAUAUAUAUAUAGUUAAUAAUAAUUUGUAUACAUAUAAACAACAAGAAUUAAAUUAAUGAAAUGUCUUGUUUUGGAUUGUUAAAUCAAGCAUUGUGUUUGUAUUUUGUAUUGGGAAGUGCUUACUAACAAUUUAUAGGGUGGAGGUUCAAAUUUCCAACUUUCCAUUGAAUAAACUACUUUAUUAUUCA